AUGUGGCAGCUUUUAGCAGCAGCAUGCUGGAUGUUGCUUCUUGGACCUCUAUAUGGUUGUCACAAGAAAGGAAGGAUCACAAAUCCUGAAGCUAAUAUGAAUAUUAGCCAGACUAUUUCCUACUGGGGUUAUCCUUAUGAAGAGUAUGAUGUUGUAACAAAAGAUGAGUAUGUCCUCGGAAUUUACAGGAUUCCUCAUGGAAGAGGAUGUCCGAGCAAAGCUCCAAGGCCUGUUGUAUACUUGCAGCAUGGCUUAGUUGCAUCUGCUAGUAUCUGGAUUUGCAACCCCCCCAACAGCAGCUUGGCCUUCCUUCUCGCAGAUAAUGGCUAUGAUGUGUGGAUGGGGAAUAGCCGGGGAAAUACCUGGUCCAGAAAACACUUGAAAUUUUCAACCAAAUCACCAGAAUUCUGGGCCUUCAGUUUGGAUGAAAUGGCUAAAUAUGACCUUCCAGACACAAUAGAUUUCAUUGUAGAGAAAACUGGACAGGAACGACUCUACUAUGUGGGCCACUCUCAAGGAACCACCAUCGCUUUCAUAGCAUUCUCUACAAAUCCAGAGCUGGCUAAAAAGAUUAAAAUAUUUUUUGCAUUGGCUCCAGUCACUACAGUAAAAUAUACCCGAAGUCCUAUGAGAAAAUUAACAACUCUUUCCAGAGCAGCAGUCAAGGUGUUUUUUGGUGACAAGAUGUUCUCUCCACAUACAUUUUUUGAACAAUUCAUUGCCACCAAGGUGUGCAGCCGGAAGCUAUUUCAUCAUCUUUGCAGCAACUUCCUAUUUUCUUUUUGUGGAUAUGAUCCAAAAAACUUAAACAUGAGUCGCUUGGAUGUUUAUUUGGCACAGAGUCCAGCAGGAACAUCUGUUCAGAAUAUGCUGCAUUGGGCCCAGGCAGUUAAUUCUGGUCGGUUUCAAGCUUAUGACUGGGGAAACUCAGAUCAGAACAUGAAGCACUUCCACCAGCUUACACCUCCCUUAUACGACGUUACGAAGAUGGAAGUUCCAACAGCAGUGUGGAGUGGUGGAGCGGACAGUGUGGCUGACCCAAAGGACCUUGAGAAUUUACUCCCUAAAAUUACCAGACUUAUUUAUUUCAAAUGUAUUCCACACUACAAUCAUGUGGACUUUUACCUUGGACAGGAUGUACCCCAGGAAAUAUACCAAGACCUAAUUAGACUGAUGGGGGAAUGUUCCUAAAAUUAAAUGCAUCUUUCUUUC